AUCAAUAUGACAUAUAAUAAUUCAAUCAUCCUAUUUAAUCUCUUAUCUCUAUUUCAUUUAAUUUACGCAUCAUUCAUUGCUAUUUAUGUAUCAUUAUUUCCGCCUUACAGCUAGUAGCAUCAUUGAAUAGAAAUAUAUCCUAAUAAUCCUGUCGGUUUUAUAAUUUCAAGCAGACAACUCGAUCAAAAGUGAAUCCAUUAUCGAGAUCGUAUAAUCUGACUGUCUUUAGUUGUGCGAGAAUGCAAGGGAGAGGGCAGCUGGGUGGCGUAAGGUUCUCAGAACCAGAGUGCAUUCAAAACUGUCGAGGCUAUCUACUGAGGGAAAUCCGUACAGUGAGAGGCGAACAUGGAGGCCUUGUGUGCCACGGGCCACGAUGGGAGGCGUCGAAACCGGAAGUAGUCUAUCGAGGACGGGAGUUGCUGUGGCAACCGCGAUUUGCUUUAACCCCUGGUCGAUCAUCGGUCUUCCGCGUCAUUCGAAAGUGUUCUAUUAUUCGGGAUCACUGCAUCCUCUCUUGCACAGCCUCCUCGAGUCGAACCAAGGUUCCGCAGGCUUGUACCUAUGCAUUGUGUUUGUGCCAGCGAUGAGCAGCUAACCAACGAGAGAGAAUGUGAUAGAUACGCGUAUACAGCUGAGCCGAGUGGUGCCGAAUAUACCCGAAGUGGCCCGGUGACGGACGACCGAAUCCGAAAUCUUAUGACGCGUUGCAGCGUGUUACAACGUUGCGUUGCGCUUAUAGCAGGGCCGUCUCGAGUAUGCUGCCAACGAGCCAAUUAUUUAAUUUUGUGUUGUUGCUGUUGCUUAUAAUAUAUAUAUAUAUAUAGUUGAAAUUUUUCAUUGGAUAUUGUUGACUCUUUUGUUGUCAAGAUUAUUCUCGAAUAAAAAAAGUAAUUGAGUUAAGAAGCAAAAAAGUUUUUAUCAAAGAGUGAAUAUUGUGUGCGAUUAAUACGAAUUGUAUUUUUAUAUCGAUUGAUUUGAAUGCAAAUCGUUCAACGAUUACUUAUUCUUUAUAUUGCACAUGCGUCAAGAACGGAUCAAUCACGUAAUAAAUUCGCGUUAAAUUCGAAGAAAUUAAUCUAAACCAUUCCUAAUUCUUUAUACCUUCUUGUUCGUGGAAUGAUUCUAAAAUGUUCAGUAUACUUUCACUCGCUUUUUAAAUCAAGAAGCCGAUCCUAGAUCUUUGAAAGUUCGUUAAAUACGGCAAAAAUUAAUUACAUCAAUUACUAUAUAUAGAGAUAUCAGAUGGUCGAUUGAAUCGAAUUGAUGAGAAUAGUUAAUAAAAUUUGAUUCAUGAGAAUGACUCAUUUAUACUGAUCGCUGGAGGUCGUGAAGGGCAACAGAGUUCCUUGAUCCAACACUGUGCAUGUGUGUGUGCCAUAUGUAAUGGGCUCAAGAUACCUUCAGUUGCUUCGAUAUAAGCAAUUAUUAGCUCGUUUCAAAUAUUACUUAUUUAAAAUUUUUAUUAAAUCUUAUAUUAUUUAAUUGCCUCAAUUAAAUUUUUCAAAUUACUUAAUCU